AUGUCGACUGCCGGGACGGAUCGCGUGCUUGGCUGGGCCAGCUCGUAUCCGAUUUCGACCGCUGUGCUCGGCUUGGUCGUUGCGGCUGUCGUCUAUCUCAGUGUCAAGUUCGCCAGCACGGGUCCGUCGGUAUGGGCCAACUUACCUGGUCCGGAGAGGUCCUCGUUCCUUCUGGGCUACUCGCGCGAUAACAAGAAGAAGUUCGGUGUCAAGGAUGCCAACGCACCGGACCGCGAGCCGAUUCUGGGUGACGAUGGAGACGACAUCACCGAGACGCCCGGUGUGGCGACGUACCGGCUGUUCGAGGAGCACAACACCGACCACCUCGUCUUCCCGCGUCCGCUCGGUGGCGAGCUGCUCAUCACGCGCGACGCCGCCACCAUGAACGCCGUGCUCAACGACAGCUACAACUACACGCGUAGCAGUGCCGGCACCAAAGCUACACGCUUGAUCAUUGGCGACGGCGUCGUCGCUGUGUUUGGCGAUGAACACAAGAAACAAAGGAAGAUGCUCGCACCGGCCUUCAGUGUUGACUCGCUCAAGGGGCUCAUGCCGAUCUUUACACACGCGACCAACCAGAUGAUGGAUCGCUUCGAAAAGGACACGUCGCUCGAAAAGCGUUGGGGCGCCGAUGUGCGCGAUGGCGUCAAGUGGUUCGGCCGUGUGACGCUCGACAUCAUCGGCCGCGCGGGCUUUGACUACGACUUUGGUGCCGUCGAGCAAGGGCCCAACGGCCUUGCUGUUCGUUCGACCUUCCAUGCGGCCAUGACGUCGACGAUGAACGUGUCGCCCCUCGACGCCAUCGUCGGUGCCUUCAUGUUCUUCGUCGUGCCCUCGCUACUAUACAUCCUGCCGCUCACGGACAACGUUCGCAAGCUGCGCGAGAUGCGUUCGGAGCUCAUCAAGGUGUCGCAAAAGAUCGUCGCCGCCAAGGCCAAGCAGAUCCGCAAGGAGCUCGAGGCGGGCGUGGAUGCCAAGGAGACGUUUGCGGGCAAAAAGGACAUCUUGCACUUGCUCAUGCGCGCCAACAUGUCGCCCGAGAUCCGCGAGGAAGAUCGCCUGUCGGACAGCAUUCUCGCCGGUCAGAUCGUAACAUUCAUCUUUGCCGGACACGAGACGACGGCCACGACGCUGAGCUGGUGCACCUACUUCUUGGCGCUCAACCCGACAUACCAGCAAGAGCUGCGCAACCACAUCCAAUCUACGCUGCGUGCGCUCGGCAAGGACGCCGACAUGAUUGACGAGCUCAGCUGGGCCGACCUCAACGGCGACGAGAUGCGUCCGCUCGACCACUGCAUCCAGGAGACGCUGCGUCUGCGUCCGCCCGUCGUCACCACGUUCCGCUACACGACCAAGGAGGACCAGCUGCCCGUCACCACACCCUUCAAGACCAAGGACGGACGCACGCUCAGCUCGAUCCCCGUCUCGCCCGGCAAAGAGAUCGCCAUCUCGGUCACGAGCAACAAUCUGGACCCCAAGUACUUUGGCCCGGACACGCACCUUUUCAAGCCGGACCGCUGGAACAAUCUGCCCGAGCUGCACGCCAAGUCGAAGCUGCCUUCGCCGUACGGCUCGUUCGUCUUCAACGGCGGACCCAAGGUGUGCAUCGGCAACAAGUUCGCCAUGACCGAGAUGAAGAUCAUCCUCGUUCGCGUGCUCGCCAAGUACCGCAUCGAGCGUGUCGAGGGACUCAAGUACAAGAGCAUCGAGGCGGUCGUGCAGCGUCCGGCCGUGAUCGGAUUCGAGAAGGAAGGAAGCCAGCUUCCGCUUCGCUUCGUCACUGACCCUCUUUGA